AAACCAUUGUAGUGCGAUCCAGUGGACGAUACAUGUGGUUAAGAGUUUUCCCUUCGUGGAAGUAUCAUUUUAGAGCAUACUACAGGGCAAGAUCCUUCAAUGAAACAGUCACACCAACCAUGAAAGAAGUACUCAAGACACAGGCUGUAUUUUUGAACAGAACUUCCACCUUGUGGUGCCCGGUGGAAGGUGCGCCGGCUCCAUACGUUGUAUGGAAGAAAAAUGGUGUUGUUGUACAAAAUAGUACCAGUGUAAGAUAUCAGUUUCUUGUAGCUGCAGAAAAUAAUGCGAAUUACAGCUGCGAGAUACGAAGAAAUGAAAAGAUAUCAAGGAGAGAAAUCAGCCUCACCAUUGAAAAGUGCCCAGGUCCUUGUGAGUGCAAUAUUUUAAAGGGAAUGAACAACAAUCUGCUGCGGGUGAACUGUAAAGGGAAAGAAUUGAUGUCCCUUCCAUGGAAAACUCCCCUCGCCACAGCAAACUUGGACUUGAGUAACAAUCACUUGAACGACUUGUCAUCAGACAUUUUCAGGAACAAUAUUCACCUGCAAUGGCUGUAAGCUGAGAUUAAUUUCCAUAUCUCAUCGAUUGUGAACAGCUUCGCAUUACAACAUAUGCCUAUUGAACACAUAUGUGGCAAAAUCUGAAUUAGGACUUGAGUGACAACCAA